UUUUCCUAAAAAGCCUUGAUAAAAUUUUAUUUUAUUCUUUAAAUUCAAAUGCUCUACUUUACUUGGUACUUGAACUAGUUGGGCAAGAGUGAUCAUCAAGUAUUAUUUUACUACAGUAUAGUGAACUACAUUAUGCUAGAUCACCUUCUUUCAUUGGCCCAAGAAUGUGUAGAGUUACUGAGAGCUGAGAUGGACCUGCUACUGCGAAUACUGGCCAUAUUGGUGCCUCUGCUUGUCAUCGAGCUUAUGCUGAUUGGCAUGAUGCUGGGGCUUGCCUUUCUCAUGCUGACCAUGUGUGGCAGAUUUGCCAAGAGAAAUGAAGAUCCGAGCCGUGUCAGUGUUGGGAUCUUCCAUCCUUACAGCCAAGCUGGAGGAGGAGGAGAAAGAGUGCUGUGGUGCGCAGUUGAAGCUCUGCACAAAAGGUACCCUCAUGUAGACUGCAUCAUAUACUCUGGUGACCGCGUAGCUGACGAGACUGAGGUCCGUGAACACGUGAUGGAGCGCUUCAACAUAACGCUCUCUCGCCGCGUCACCUUCGUCAACAUCUCGACUCGCCCGCUGCUGGAAGCACGCUACUACCCACGCUUCACAAUGAUGCUACAAGCCAUAGGCUCAUUCUUUGUGGGUAUCGAAGCUCUUGCUCGGUACAGACCUGAAGUAUUCAUUGACACCAUGGGAUACUCCUUUAUCUAUCCGCUUGUGAAAAUAAUGGCGGGACCAGAAUGCAAGGUGGCGUGCUACAUCCACUACCCUAUCAUUAGCAAUGAUAUGCUUGGAGUUGUUCAGGAGAGGGAAGAAGCCCAUAAUAACGCUGCUAUCAUCGCUAAUAGCAGCUUUUUGACUUCGCUUAAAAGUCUCUACUACCAGGGCUUUGCCAAAGCGUACGGCUGGGUGGGUCGUAGAGCAGACGUUAUAAUGGUGAAUUCAUCGUGGACGAAAGGACACAUCUCAUCAAUUUGGGGCGCAGCUGACAAAAUACAAUUGGUUUUUCCUCCUUGUGACAUUGACAAAUUUGCUAGUCUGGAAAUAACCCCAUACAAAAACAAACUAUUGAAGAAAAUUGUAUCAAUUGGACAGUUUAGGCCUGAAAAGAACCAUGCUUUGCAACUACGAUCCUUCAGUCGUCUCUUGCACUUGAUCACUGAACGUGAGAGUGACAUUGACGCCAUUGAGGUGCAAUUAGUUCUUGUGGGCGGGGUACGCGGAACCGGUGAUCAAGAGAGAGUCGCGCAACUUCAAGACUUGGCAGUUAACUUAGGCAUAGACAAUCAAGUCGAGUGGUGCAUUAAUCUUCCCUUCUCUCAAAUGCUAGAGUUGAUGAAGGAGUCGUGCGUCGGACUCCACACUAUGUGGAAUGAGCACUUCGGCAUCAGUAUCGCCGAGAUGCAGGCUGCUGGACUCAUAACUGUUGCAAAUAAUUCGGGUGGACCUAAGAUGGAUAUAAUUGUCCCGCACCAUGGCCAGGCUACUGGACUCUUGGCCAUUAAUGAAGAAGACUACGCUGAAAGCCUCUACACUGCGCUCACUAUGACUGACCAUGAGCGCGAACAAAUGACGACAGCAGCUCGGUUUAGUGCAAAAAGGUUCUCUGAUGCAAACUUUGAUGAGAAGUUCAAUCUUGCCAUUCGUGAAAUCUUAGACAAUGCGACUAAUUAAUGGUUCGUUUUUGUGGCUUAUGUACUUUCCUUUAAAUGUAUCAUCUUUUUAAUCAAAUUAAAUUGUAUAUGACGAAUAUUCAGUUCACUCAGGUUGAACCUGUUUCACAGUAAAUUAAUCCUAAAAUAUUCUCCUUAAAGUUGCUAGUAUGUAAGUGCACAAAAAAGCCAUCUAUUGAAUUGUUCAGCUCAGCUAUCAUUGAUGCACCUCUUUCGUCAUGCGCUUAUAUUCACUACCUAAAGCAAGAAGUUCUUCAUUUUUCUUGUAUUACCAACUGGUAUGCAGUUUUAUCAAGUGUCAGCUUGUAAAAUAUUUUUAUUUUAGAAUAUGAGUAAUGUUUUUAGUGUGUUGCUUUACCAUCUGUGAUAUUGUUAGCUAUCCAUAAAUUUUAGUUCGUUCAUGAAAUAUUCAUUUGCAUAAAUUUAUCAUAUUGUUUAUUGUUAUUUCUAAAAUCCUUGAACUCAUUGUUUGAUUAAAACUUCUAUGCCAAUUUCCCCGCUUAUCAUUUUAGUGUCAUCUGCUACGUUAGCUUCACUUUACUCCAUGUUAAUGUAUCAAUGAGCCAAGUUGACUUCUGUGUGGGCAAGAGGUUCGGAUAUACUAGACAGCUUGUCAGGUAAAGGCUUUAAGGUUAUGCUCUGUUCCUUUGCCAUAGAUGACGAAUCAUCCAAUUGGUCCAAUUUAUUAAUUUAAUAUAUAACUAGAUUGAAAGUUAGAAGGUGCGUCUUAAAGCUUCACGAACAUAUUUGUGGUGAUCGAUGACCGAAAAUGAUUUACAAUAAACCCCCAUUUCCCUGGAGCGCCUUCUGCUUACGUCAGUAAAGAGACAAAUUAUUUAAUUGUGUCCCUAGAUUUGUUCUGUUUACUAUAUAUUUAAUUGAUGUUGCAGUGUGAAGUCGUACUUUUUGUUGUUCAUGGGCCAAUUUUUUUGCAAUUAUUUGAUAUUUGCAGGGCAGUGAGUAGCUUGUACGCAGAAGUGAUUGUGAAUAAAUCUUGGCACUAUUUUAGAGAGCAAACAUGCUAAGCAGCACUCCUCCUCCAUCUACCAGCAAACUUAAUUAUAAUAGCUUCGCUUCUAGUCCACUUGUAAACUGGCGCAUUGCCUCUUGCUUAGUAAAUUUUUAUUUCGAACACUUAAUUUCUAUUUUGAAGUUUUCUCAUAAUUACUGGCUAAUAAAACUUGUCUGUAACUUGUUCAUGUAACUUGUUCAUGUUGAAAUAUCUUCGAUAUUUCAAAGUUUUAGAAGAAAAAUGAGAAAUUUUCUUGUUAUUUAUAUUAAUUAUAAAUA